CUGGGGAGUGACAGAGGCUGACAGGAGGCGGGGACUCCGGUGGGGGGCUGAGGACUAUAAAGGGGCACAACCGAGAGCAGGGGGACCCAUCUGGCCCGAGGCAGGUGCCCGCUUGGUCCAGCGCCCGCUCUCUCCGGACCCAGGAUGGCUGCCACACGCCGCUGCCUCUCCCUGCUGCUCCUGUCCACCUGUGUGGCUCUGUUGCUGCAGCCACUGCUGGGUGCCCAAGGAGCCCCGAUGGAGCCAGUGUACCCAGGGGACAAUGCCACGCCUGAGCAGAUGGCCCAGUACGUGGCUGAUCUCCGCAGAUACAUCAACAUGCUGACCAGGCCUAGGUAUGGGAAAAGAGACAAAGAAGACAUGCUGGACUCCUUGCAGUGGGACUCCCCCCAUGCAGCUGCCCCCAGGGAACUCAGCCCGAUGGACCUGUAAUGCCACCUCUUGCCUCCUACGACUCCAUGAGCAGUGCCAGCCCACCUGGUCCCUCCACACCCUUGGCUCUGGCCAAAGCUUGCUCCCUGCUCCCACACAGGCUAAAUAAAGCAAGUCAAAGUCA